AUGGAACAAUUCAUCCUGUUUGGUGACAGUAUCACGCAACAAUCCGCCAACCAGGCCAAAGGUUUCGCCUGGACUCCAGCAUUGCAGGAUGCAUACAUUCGUCGUCUUGAUGUAAUCAACAGAGGAUUCAGUGGCUACAACACCACUCAGGCUUUGAGUGUCCUUCCUCGCAUCCUUCCAACUCCUGAGCAGGGCCGUAUCCGCUUGAUGGUUAGUCUGACAUGUGGUGCAACGAUAAAAUGUUACUCAUUGGGAUCCGCAGNNACCAUCUUUCUAGGUGCCAACGAUGCUCGGUUACCCAACACCCCAGGAUUCUCGCAGACUGUCGAUCUCGAACAGUACAAGAAGAACCUGACCGACAUCAUCAACCACCCUAUGCUGCAAGCACACAAGCCUCAGCUCAUCUUGCUCACUCCACCGCCGAUCGAGGAGAGAAAGGCAUUUGCGCACGAUAAGACAAACGGCAUCAAUGUCAUGAGACGUACUGCUUCAAACACGGCCAAGUACGCAGAAGCGGUUCGCCAACUCGGUCAAGAAUUUGGUCUUCCUGUGCUCGACGUUUGGGCCGCUUUCAUGAAGGAAGCCGGCUGGAAGGAGGGAGAGCCAUUGCCCGGAUCUAGCGAGAUCGAACAGAACCAAACUCUUGCGCAAAUGCUGCACGAUGGGCUUCACUUGAAUCCUGAAGGAUAUGAGAUCAUCUACAGAGAGUUGAUGAAGUUGAUCACAGAGAAACUACCAGAGCACGCUCCCGACAGUAUUCCGUAUGCACUUCCGUCUUGGGAUGAUGCCGAGGCUUGGAAGCAGUAG